UCGCGGCUUAAUGAUGAGUGUUUAGGUUGUAGACGGUGGAUGAUGGCGAUGUUUCGGAGUUUAGUCUCCGGGAACCAGACGAAACAGGCAGCGGUAUCGGGGGAAAACUUGGCGGAUUCGUACAGUUGUCCGAUCUGCCUGGAGGUGUACUACAAGCCCGUGUCGAUAGCGAGCUGCGGACAUGCGUUCUGUGGAGAAUGUUUGCAACCCUGCCUCCAAGUUGUGUCACCUUUGUGCCCUCUGUGCCGUAUGCCCUUUGACCCAAAAAAGGUAGAAAAGGCCUCUAAUGUGGAGAAACAGCUCUCUUCAUAUAAGGCUCCCUGUCGAGGAUGCAAUAAAAAGGUGACUCUGGUGAAGAUGCGGUCUCAUAUAUCUUCCUGCAGUAAAGUUCAAGAGCAGAUGGACAACUGUCCAAAGUUUGUACCUGUUGUUCCAACCUCACAGCCCAUUCCCAGUAAUAUUCCAAACCGUUCCACAUUCGUUUGCCCAUACUGUGGUGCACGAAACCUUGAUCAACAAGAACUAGUCAAACACUGCAUGGAAAAUCAUCGCAGUGAUCCCAACAAAGUGGUAUGUCCAAUUUGCGUGGCAAUGCCAUGGGGAGAUCCAAGCUACAAGAGUGCCAACUUUCUCCAGCACUUGCUUCACAGGCACAAAUUCUCCUAUGAUACAUUUGUGGAUUACAGCAUUGACGAAGAUGCAGCAUUACAUGCAGCAAUAGCACUUUCACUUACCGAGAAAUGAAGCAGCUAUCUGCACAGAGAUCUAAGUGGACAACCUUUGUACAGGUUACAGGUUAACUCCUCUCUCCUGGGCAAAGGGUUUCAAUUUCCCAGCAUUCUGAAGGGUACUAUCAUCCUCUGCACAAGUCACCUUUUCUCAUCUGAGCAAAAGUAAUGUCCUCUCCCAGCAUUCACUAAGGUGCUGUCAUCCUCUGCACUGGUCCCUUCUUUACGUGUACAGAGGAAGUGUCAACGUCUUAGCAUUCUGUAGGGUACUGUCAUUUUCUGUAUAUCUGGAGAAUUAUCUUGCCCACUUGCAAGUAUUCAGUAGGGUGCUCUCAUGCUCAAUAAUAAUUAGCUUCUCACACGUGAGCACAGAUUAUGCUCAUUUCUCAGCAUUCUGUAGGGUUGUCAUCGCUCAGCCAGUCACAACCUCCACUCAAGCCUUUGUUUUAAACAUCUGUGUGUAUGGAUAUACUGGGUAUAAAUUUAACCACAUUUUUCUAUACUGAUAGGGGAGGGACUUAAUAUAAGUGGGAUGUUUGACUUUGAAGUGUGUUUUUAAUUUUCGGGUCAUUCUGGUCAUUUUGUGGAUUUUAAGAACGAAUAUUUUAAAACAGGUACAGUGGGAAUAGAAAACUUGAGAAAUGAUUAAAGGAAUCAUUCAUGCGCCACAUACUUUUCUGCAAAUCAGAGCUCGAAUUUUAUAGUUGGUGAUUGGAAAUUUAUUGAAAACUGUAUUGGCAUGUGUACAACAUAAACUUGUCUAGUUUUAGUUAUAUGCCAUGGAAAACUUAUUCCCUUUUUCAGACCAAGGCUUCUAGCCAUUAACUCAUUGGAAAAAGCUUGUAAACUAUUAUUGCUUGAUUGUCAUCUAUAUGGUAUGGAGUCUGAUGUAUGAAACAUGAUCUACAAAGUACUUCAGACCUGUUCAUUUGGUUCUGAGAUGUAACCAUGUGUUACCUCAUUCCCUCGACUGAAGAUAUCAGUCAGUAAUUUUCAAGAUUUUAAAGGCAGAUCUUUGCCUAAUCCUGAUACAAAGGUGAAGUUUAUGAACAUUAAUGAAACUCUCAAGAACUGAUAUAAAAUGAUAUGAUCCAGGAACAUACAUUUGUUAAUUCAGAUAUAUUAGAUAACUAAAAUGUGUCAUCAUUCAUGAUAUUUCUGGGUACAGCUACAAUAUUUUUGAUUCUGUGACAGCUUUGGCUUAUGAUAUUGGAGAUGCUUGCUCCUUUUCAUAGGCCAUAUACCAAUUCCAAGAUUAAUAGGUACAGAAAAUCUUUAUAGAUUUUAUGAAAUUAUUUGUAGAAGGUACAUAUAGGAUUAAGCAUGCUUGAGGUGCUUUUAAAUUGAAAAGAUCAUGUGUUAUUCAGCCUAUGCAUUUUACUCGUGCUUUUACCUUGAUGAACUGAAUAGCACAUACGGAGUUUAUUAUUAUUACCUCAAACACACAUUAUGCCAACAAUUGCUGAGAGAGACUGGAUCCUUUGAUUGCAGAGCAGAGACAUUCAACAUGUCUUGGAUAGGUACAUGGAGGGUAUAGGUCAGAAUUGAACCAUAGGUCAGUUCUAAAGUCCAUGUUCAGCACAGCAUUGUGAGCCGAAGGGCCUGUAUUGUGCUGUAGAUUUUCUGUAUUCCUAUGUGUCUUUUAUUAUAAACCCCAAAUGUUCCUGUAUCCUGUAACAUACUUGUAGAAAUUGGUUCCAGUUCCUCUUUGUGUAUGACAUCAACAUGCACCGGGACAACUGGACACAACAGCAAGGAAUACACAGAAUUCUCAGAGGAGAAAAUUCCUCUUUGUUCAGACUUGUUUCAGCAUUAGUUAAGAGAGACCUGAUCUGUUGCUGGGAAUCAGAGGUACUUAUCAACUUUUAUGUACAUCCUAUUUAAAAUGAUUUACUUACUAUUCACUCUCCCACAUUUACUGAUGUACUGGUAAUGUCACUGGAACUCCAAAGCAGUUGACUAGCUUGGUAGUCUAAUUGACUCCAUUAUUUGUCUACCUGAUCCCUGCCAAUCUACAUUCAACACAACCCCCAACCCCUGAUGUCUUGUCUCUUCUUUUCCUUCCCUAACCUGAUUCUGCUUCUAACUGCAUCCAAAAUUCUCAAUCUCCUACCCAGCAUUCAACUAAGUCCAGAGAGUUACUGGAGAAAGAUUUUGGUGUGCACAGCCUAUGUCACGCAGAAGGCUUUGCAGAAGAAAUACUGCUCUAAUGUUUCUUUUCAGGCCUCAUGUAAUUUCUAUCUCUUAAUAUAUAUUUUCUAUGUCAUGAAGAUAUAUUCUGCACAAAUCCUAUCAAGUCAAGUAAAUAUCACCUCUUAAAAAUAUUGCAAAUUAACAGUUGAAGGAACAAAAUUAGUUAAGUUCCUGCUUUGGGAAAACAUUAAUUCCAUUUUUAAAUUGUAUGUUUUCCACAAGAAAUUUAAAUAAGUUGUUCUCUCUAAUUUUAUAUGGAUUUAUUUUUUUUAGCGUGUGGCACCAGGCGGUUACCAUUCUUGUCUGGCACGUGGUGUCAGGAUUGGUCUCCAUUUGGAUUAACUGGAUCAGGAUAUGAACGUUCCUGACUUGACCCUUGUGUUUUUUUUACGAGGCCGAGUGGCUAGCUCGAUGUUCAACCCGGCACGGAUGGAAAGCGUGCUCGGGAGUGGCCUGACUUGGAUACGAACUCGGGAGCCUUCUUAUCUAUCCUUAUAUUGGAUAAGGCUAAGUGAUUGUAACUGUAGACCUUGAAUAGAACUUGAGGCUGUAAAUAUUAGAAAAUUAACUCAAAUUUAAAUUGAAUCUUAUUAGUAAAUAAGAUUAGUCCUUAGUUCUGUUUUAAUUUCCAUCACGAAUGAGGUCUGGCUAACUUGCUGUGUUUACUUUCUUCUAUUUGGAGGCAGUUUUGUUGCUGAAAGAAUAUAUAUAUUUACUGAAUAUCAGGCUAGAUUUAUAUAAAUCUGUCAGCAAAUCACCAAAAAUUAUAAUUCUGUCCAGUUAACAUUAGCAAACUCAAAGCACUAGUUUAUGUUUAAAAGCGUGCAAAUACAUGGAUACAUAUGCAGGGUUAUUGCAGCAGUGUGUAAGUGUACACACUUUCAGCUCUAUUGUAGAAUGUCAACAGAUGUGUUGCUGCUUUAGCUUGGCAAAGAUUGUUUUAAUGUGUAUAAAAUUAAAGUAGAUGUAAAAACUAUGGAGCGUAUCACCAGAGUGUAUAAAGUAGCUUGCAGACUAAACCAAAUCCAUACUGGUUCUGUGUAGUAGGAUAAAUUGAUGAACAACAAUCCAGGCUUUCCAGAGAUGAUUGUCUUUGUAUACUUAAAUCAGAAAGAUUGGCUUCUCCAAAACUUUUCAGAGCUCACACUUGUUUACAGGUUCUGAUGAGGACAGGAUUCACUGUUCAUCCCAAAAUAUCAUAAUUUUGUUUCAUAAGGCAGAACUGUUAGAGGCCCAGAAGGGAAAGUCUUCAACUGCCAUGAGAUCUUGAGCCAGAAGGAUGGCUUUUCUUUUAGGUAAAGCUGCUGUUGUGAUCGUGACAUCCUUGUGGUUAAUAUCUCUGACCCUAGUUCCUUUAUGGUCUCUAGUGACUUGUAAAAUGUUCUCAGUAAAUUAUUGAGAUUAAUUGGUUCCGGUUGUGUGCUCUUGUUCACAUUGAUAAACAUGUGUAAUGUGAGAUAGGACAUGGGUGAACUUCAGCCAUUACAUCUUUAAGCUGUAGCUGAUAUAUUUUAUUAUUUAUUAACUUUGUGAUAUUCUGCAAUAUUCUGCAUUCUUCAUUUCCAUGACAAUAUGCACUUACUGUGCCACAAAUGGCUCACAAUUCCUCCAGUUUUUUUCUUCUCUUUAAGUUAUUAAAGGAGUGAUGGAAAUUCAUAGAAAAAGCUUCAUUAUCACAUUUAAUAUAUCUUCAACUGCUUUAUUUGUAGCAUUGUGGAUAGACAAGUAUCACCAGAAUUUUUUAUUGUUACUGUCAUAAUUUAGUUCUUAUUGCCAUUGCUUACAGAAAAAUAUUAUCCACUCCAACCAUUGCUAUUAACUUCCAAGUGAAAGUUUGAUGUAAUUUUGUUCAUCACUCUGAAUAUCACAUUAGCUGUUGAUGCUUCAUUUCUGUGAAAGCUAAGUGGAGACUCUUGUCACCCAAGAACAUUCAUAUUGGGUUCACUUUCAGUAAUCCUGUAUCAUAAGGGCAUAAUUUUCACUUGCAUUUUCUUAAAAUUUGCUUUGAAAUAAUGUUUAAAUUAAUAAGGAAUUUCCUUGUGUUUGCACUCGCACCCUUGUUGCUUUUAUGGACAAUGCAUAUCCAAAUGUGCAGCUAGAUAAUCUUCGGCAUGCGCAGGCUCAUGUAUUUCCAUGUUCUGCAACGAAAAUCCUUUUCAAGCUCCUUUUCAAGCUUAAACACGCACAGUAAUCAUUUUUAACCACAAUGCAUGCAAGAGAUCUUUGCUGUGAUGAUAAUGAGGAUGGGAGAUGGAUCUUAAAUCCAUUUGACUCUCACUAACCAUUGGGAGUUGACAUCUCUUGAUUUCUGUUUUAAAUGCAAUAUAUAUUGCCCCAGGGAAUCAGUUUAUCAUGGCUAGGUUUUUUUUUGUAGUGUGAGGGAUGUAGUAAAGAAUGCAGAACAGGUUAGGGUAAAUGCAAAUAAGAUUAGCCAUCAUUUAAAUGAAUGGCCAGUCAUGUUUUACAGAAGUAAUUCAUUUGAUCUCAGAUUUUAUUUCCGAACUAAAACCAUGAUGCUUGAUAAUUUCAAAUCUUGAGUUUUCAGAAUAUGGUCUAGUAAAUCCUAAGUCUAUAACCAACUGAUUAGAAAAAUACAGUGUGGCAAGGAGACUUCACAGAAUGAAAUUCGAGCUCUGAAAACAUUAUUGUAUUACCAUGUCUUGCCUUUUACAUUCUGUAAAUGUAUGAUGCCAUCCUGAGUUAUUGCUUAUCAUCCAAUUUGGGUGGUCAGUCUUUUGUUAUCUCCUUAAUGUUUUGAAAUCACAUGAUUCUUAAAUGUUCAGGAGGGAAUACAAAAAUUCAGUUAGAUUAAUGUGAGUCAGAUAAAUCAUUAUAGUAGGAUUCUUCCACAUGAAAAAGUGGCUGAACCAAAAAAAAAUGAAGCAUGUGCUGAGUUAAUAUUUUCUAAAGCAACAUACAAGGUAGUAAUUGGAAAGAGCAGCUAAACCCAUACUCAAAAAAACCUCAGAGCAAUUUGCCAUGAUUUUUAAUGCCUGUCCUCCACUUUACCUCUAGUCGUGGUUAAAAUAAGUGAAAGGAAGCUAAUUUUCAUCCUCUUGUAGCAUUUGCAGUUGGUCACUGAGGUCAUGUUCAGCACAUCAGAGAUAAAAGUAGUCUCAGCUUUGGAUAGACUGGUUUCAAAAAGCAUGGAAUGAAUAUUCCAUUUGCAAUAAAUCUUGGAAAGGUUUUUCCCUACUGCUUUAGGACAGAACAUUUUCUGAAGAAGUUUCAUAGUGCUAAACAAGAAGAAGAAUUCAGCAAUCUAGGUGAUUAUGAAAUUUGCACUCCGAUAGCAGGAACCAAAAAUCCAGAUAGCUGGCUAAGUAUUUAAUAUUCAGACUCUAGAGAAAUGUUGGAUUUUGGUUUACAAUGGAAUUACAGAAAAAAUUAAUUUAAACUGUUACAGAAAAAUAUAUUCAUUCUGCUCCAUUGUUUAAUCCUCAACCAACAGAGCACAAGUGAAAACUUCCAGUUUUUCAUUUUAAAAAGUAAUUUCUGAUGUUACAGUUAUAUUAGAGUGUGAAAAAGAUUUAAGUAAUGUGCAAGAUUGGUGUUUGAAACUGUUCAAAUCACUAGAGCUGAUGGCUCACAGUUUGUAAUUACGAAUAUACAGAUAUACAAGAUAAGUUAUAUUUCUUUUAUAUCAUAAUUUAUUAAAGCUUUUAUAUUUAAUUUUGGGCAUUUACUUUUUUGGCUUGCAGCUCACGAGCAAAAGUAAACAUGGUUAUAAUUAACAAAAGCUUUGUUAGCUGCUAAUCUUUAUUUUCAAUACCAUAUCAGAAUAGGAAGUGUAAUGUUAAAAAUAUUCUUCCCAUUGUUUUGACUUUUCAAUUAGAUGUGAUUUUUGAAUAGGCUUCAAUGAUAUUUUAAAUUUACAAUUUCUUGUUAAUGUAAGCCAAGUUCUAAUACAUGUAAAAACAGUUAACAUUAUCUAUCUGGAAUAGCCAAUGAUGAUAAUCAAGCGGUGCAUUUCACAGAGGCAAGGCCACUAAGCUAGUUUUGGUGUGAUUUCCUUAUCAUUCCAGUUCAGUUAUAUUCCUCCAACUGCAGAGGCGUCAGAUGCAGAUUCCACAUUCUUCCAUCAAGCAGCAAAAAAUGAUUAUAGAAAUCUUAUGCUAAACUGUAAAACAAACCUUCUCUAAUUUUCUAAUAUUUUUAAUGUAUUACAGUGCACAUUUUCAAACUAGUUUUUUAGGAAUUGUUUGUUGCUGUGUGAAGUUAGUGUGUACAUUUGGACAAUUUGUAAAUAAAAUUUUGAUUGUUCAGCAACUGGAACUUGUUUCAUUUUUUUUAAAGAUCUUCUCACUAUAGCAGAUAAUUAAGCAAAGAUUUUAUUGCUAGAAAAAUGGGAUAUUUUGUCACUCUUUCUUCCAGAAAAGUAUCAAAUUGAAUCAAUUUGUGAAAUACCUAAAAGGAGAAAAUCUGCAGAUGUUGGAAAUCCAAACAACACACACAAAAUGCUGGAGGAACUCAGCUGGCUGCCAGGCCUGUUGAGUUCUUCCAGC